AAAUCUUUUGUCCCAGUGCUCUCUCCCAGUUUAGAGAUCAGACUGUCUGCCGGAUUGGCUAUGCAAUGUUCUCAAUAAAUUUGAGUCAGCACUAGAAUCUGCUCUGCAGUCCUCUGAAUAGCUGAUCAGAUGGAUGCAGAGCUCCAGCUCACAGCAGCACAAUGCAGCUGAAAGGCACAAGCACAACUACCAGCAUCAAGCGUCCUUAAGCAAGAGCUGGAUUAAUGCCCUUCAGCUGAUCGCACCAUCCGCAUUAGCUAUGUAUUGAUUCUGAAUGGGAAGACUAAGUGUUGCAGGUAAGCAUGGAUUACCAAAUCAAGCCCUCACCAGGACUCCUGAUUCUUUUAUGUUCUGUACCAAACAUCUUCUGUCUCUGCCCCUUGAAGUGUACUUGCAUCAUGAAAAACAGAAAUGUUGACUGUUCAGCAAGCAGCCUGACUGCAUUGCCACAUGGACUCCAGGACAAUAUCAUACAUCUGAACUUGUCUUUCAACCAGCUAUCUAAUAUAGACCAUCAAUUGACUAGGUUUACUAACCUGAGAUUUAUUGACCUGUCCCACAACUUGCUUAACCACCUCCCUUCCCAUUUGCCAAGGUCUCUUUGGGCAUUAUAUGCUUCAAACAACAGCAUCAAAGUGCUUCAUAAAUUGGAUACUGCAUACCAGUGGAACCUAAAAGUGCUUGAUAUCUCCAAAAACAGCCUGCAGAGGACAGUGUUUAUUAACAAUACACUGAUUAGUCUGCAGCUUCUGAAUCUAAGCUACAACCAGCUUUGGACUGUACCGACCAAUAUGCCAAGUAAUAUACUAACAAUAGAUUUAUCCAAUAAUUCUUUAAUACAGAUAUUGCCAGGAACACUGAUGAGAAUGCCAAAGCUUCAGAAACUGUAUCUGCACAACAAUAGAUUCACCUAUAUACCAACCAAUGCUUUAGACCACCUGACGCAUUUAAUAGAGAUCACCCUGUACAACAACCCAUGGUCCUGCAAAGACAUGCAAGAUAUGAACUAUGUUAUGACAUGGGUGGAAGAAAACAAUAAUGUAAUAGGUUCUCCAUGUGCCAAGGAAAGAUAUAAAUUUACCAAGCAAUUUUCAACUGAAUAUGAAGCACAAAGUGAAGUCACAACUGACAACAUUCCACUGUUUACUACAAGCCAUUCGCUUUUGUUAGAAGUGCAAGAGCCUAAGCGGUACAAAAAUGUACAAUACCCAGAGGAUUUAACUGCAGCCCCGGUUAAUACAAGCAGCAUUCUACAUGCAAGCACAGAGGACUCUGUAAUGAUUGAUGAAAAUUCUGCAGAUGGAAUGAUUCAUUUAGAGUUUAAUACUUUUGGGAAUGAAAUAGACAAUCAAAUGAAUUCCAAUGAAAUGCAGGAAACUAACUUGUAUGAUUCCACGGUUAUCGUGAGCUUUGAUAAUAUAUUAAAUAAUGAUAACAAUUUAACCCUGCCAAGCACAACUGUAUCUGUUGAGAUACAAGCCACAACAGUACAACUGAAUGAUCAUGCACCCUCAUCAGCUGUACAGAAAGAGAAGUGCACUGCAAUUCCCUUUUUCAUAAUCUUCCUUGUUCUGAGGACUGUUUAACGGCAUGCCACAAAAUAGGGAACGGGGAAAGGUUUGAAAGCUAUUUGAUGAGCUAAAGUCUGCAUUUCUGUCGCCAACUCUGCCAAGGAUUUAAAGAUUUACAAACCAGCACUGCUUUAAUGAAAACUGAAUGUGAAUCAUUUAAUAUCUCUGUACUAAUGCACAAACGUUUAAUCUAUAUAUGUAAUGCAUAUUCAUACAAUAAAUGUUU